AUGAGAAUACAAUCUGUUUCUCUCUCGAACUUCAAAAGCUUUACUGAAAAUGUACUGAUUGCUGAACUUUCCCAAGGACCCAAUAUUUUGGUUGGCAAAAAUGGUUCUGGAAAGAGUAGUCUUCUUUUUGCUAUUCGCUUUGUAAUCAAUGCCCAUUGGCGUAUCAGUCCAGCAGAACGACGAGCGAUUGUUAAUGAAGAGAGUCCAGAGAUAAGAUCUUAUGUUGAGAUUGAGUUUGAAAACAAAGACAGAGUAUUUCCCGGGGGUGAUCAAGUAGUAAUUAGGCGGAGUGUGACUCAGAAAACUGAAGAGUAUACUGUAGAUGGCCGGAUUGUCAGUCGUGAAGAAAUGAUUUCUCUGUUUGAAAGUGCCGGAAUGACUCAGGCCAUGCCCUACCACUCGGUUGAGCAGGGUAAGAUUGGUGAGUUAGCGCAAAUGUCUGGAGAGGAGCGUAUGGCUCUAGUUCGUGAAAUUGCUGGCUCAACUAUCUAUGAAAAGGAUAAGAGUGAAGGAUGCCGAGUGCUUGAAGAAUCAGAAGUACUAGAGGAAAAGAUAAGAGACCUAACUAGAACAAUUGAACGGCGAGUGGAGUUAGAAGCCCGUGAAAGAGCUCGACAAGCCGCCCGGCAAGUAGCUGUUGGUAAGAAAGAAGUACUAGUGCGUGAACUGUACAAACGUGAGUUGCACCGGCUGAAGACAAAGCUAGAAGACUUCUGUGCUGAAGAAAGCACAAUGAAUGCCUCAAUGGAAGAGAGUGCUGAAGUUUUACAAGUGCGUUUGGAAGAGAUCUUAUCACGAAUUCCUCCAGAGUACCAGCCAAUGAGUUCUACUCCAGUUAUUAGUGCGACUCAGACAGAACGGAUUGCAGAGUUAGCGGCAGCAGUUCUUACCGACCAAGAACAAUUGGGAAUCUUACGCGAAGAAAUCAGUCAAGUUGAAGCGACUCUAGCUUUAUCACGAGUGCUAGAGAGUGAAAUUAACUCAUUGCGGAUUUGUGGACCAGAAGCCGUCCAAAGAAGAAUUCAGACGCUUAAACGCGAAGUAUCUACCUGUUCAAUAGAUAAGGCCGAAGCCCAACGAGAAGAGGUUCUGGAGGCUAAACGAGACAUUUGGCGGCGGGAGAAGGACUUACAACGGCGUAAGAAGGAGGCCGAGGAGAAAAUGAAAGAGUGCGAGCGGUCUUUCCUGAUGACGAACAAAGGCUUUGCGCUUAGUAGUGAAAUGAAGUGUGAGCCGGGUGUUUUAGGCCAUGUCUAUGACCUGAUUACUGUGCCCAAAGAGAUUUUAAUGCCACUGGCUCAGGCACAGAGUGGACUACUGACUAGUGUAGUGGUGGACAGUAAAGCAACGGCUUUUAGACUAGCCCGGACCCAUCGUAUUGACCAGACGAUUAUUCCACUGGCUAAUCUUAGUAGACGCACUCCACGCCAAGUGCCUUUUCCGGCUCUAAGUACUUAUAUUUCCUGUGCUAGUCAGUAUGCCCAGUUAGUAGACUAUCUCUUUGGCGGUCUUUACUUUAUCUCUGAUUUUGAAACGGCUAAAGUUGCUUCUAAAAAACACCACAUUAACGUGAUUACGCGUAAUGGUGAGUAUUUUAGUAGUUCAGGAACUAUUACGGGUGGAGAAGAGCUAGCGAGCAAUAAGUUUCGCAGUUUUAUUCAAGCUAAAGAAGAGUAUGCUGCUUGUCUUGCCGAAGAGACUUUACUUAUUCAGGCUAAAGAGAAGAACGAGACUCUUUAUGCGGCUUAUUUUGCACAGGAAGCAACACCUGCUUCUUAUCUCAAACACUUUAUCUUUAUUUUGGAACACGAAGAUUUUGAUUUUGAAAACCAACUACUUGGUAAACGAUCGCAAUAUGAGACUCUUCAGGCCCAGUACCAACAACGCGUUAAAUCACUGGAGAAAGAGAAGGCCGAUCAGGCUAUGCUUCAGGAAAUUGUUCGGCUUAAAGAGGCGGCCGCUGAAAUUGAAGCCCGCUUAGCGCGUCAUGCCUCACACUUCCAAUGGAAAGAGAAGACGGCGGAAAAGACUCGUCUAGAGACUAAGUUCCGCAAAAUCCAAAAGAAAGUCCUUAGUCUUAACGCCGAAGUAAUUGACACGCUUGUUAUUGAUGCCGGCCGAACUGUGCACGUUCCCACUGCUAGCAAGGAAGAGCUAAUUCAGUCCCUCUACCUCCUCCAGAAAGACAUUGAUGCGCUUCCCAUGGAAAUGGGCAACUCUGAUAAUCUUGCACAAGAAUACGUCCGUAUUCAAGAUAAGCUAACCGAGUUACAGAAGGCCAAGGCUAAAAUUGCUGAAAUGCAAGCUACUCUGGAGACCCGUAAAGAAGAAGUCAUCAACAUAACUGUAACGCAGAUAAAAGAUAACUUCCACUACUUCUUCAAAGCCUUAACACACGGCAUUGCCCAGAUCACCAGCACUGCACAAAACAGCUCGCUAGACAUUCAAGCUUCGUUUGCAGGCGAGCCCAUGGUCUCCUCAGACGAACUUAGUGGGGGCCAGAAAUGCAUUAUUGCUCUUUGUCUCAUUUUAUCGAUCCAGAGCAUUUAUCCGGCCCCAUUCUAUCUUCUGGACGAGUUUGAUGCCAGUUUAGACACGCAGUUCCUGCAAAACAUCGUAGGUAGUGGAGUCCUUAGCAACAAGCAACUCUUCAUCUCAACCUUCCGGGGUGAAACUCUUCUUCUAGGCGAGAAGUUCUUCCAUGUGAAGGACCGUACUAUUCAAGAGUGCACAGCCGCCGAUGCCGAGGCCCUUCUUUGCACUUACCUUCCUAGCUCUAACACCAACUAA